AUGGUCAAGAUUAAGAUGUUUGGGACAGGGUUCACCCUGCAAGCUGCCAUAUGGGUAGCUUGUGGGAUGGCCUUCAUACUUUUUGGCUACGAUCAAGGAGUAUUUAGCGGUAUCGUCGAGAAUGAAGACUUUCUCGAUACUAUGCAUCGUCCAGGCGAUAGCCUUAUGGGGAUCAUUGUCUCCAUAUAUAACCUUGGCUGCUUCACUGGGUGUAUCGUCAAUUUUGUUGUCGCGGAAUGGCUGGGAAGGCGGCGGGCAAUGUGGGUUGCAAUGAUAUGGAUAAUUAUUGGCGCCUCAUUGCAAACAUCAGCAUUCUCUGUUGCACAUCUGAUGGUAGGGAGAUUCGUCACAGGCAUUGGCACAGGUAUUGAAACGUCCACCGUCCCCAUGUAUCAAGCCGAGCUAUGCGAGGCUUCGAAGCGCGGCAAACUAGUAUGUAGUGAGCCCUUGCUCGUCGGCGUGGGAAUUGUCAUCAGCUAUUUCUUUGACUACGGAAUGAGCUUUGUUGGUGGUCAGAUUGCCUGGAGACUACCCAUUGCGUGUCAGAUGAUCUUCGCUUUCGUUGUGAUUAUUCUGGUGUUUGGCUUGCCGGAGUCUCCCCGAUACUGUUAUAAGGAAGAGCGCAACGACGAAGCGCUCCAGAUCCUGAGCGAUGUCACUGGUCUGCCAAAGGACCAUCCCAAGAUUGUGGCAGAACAGGAAGAGAUUCUUGAAGCUCUCGAACUUGAGACAAAACAUGGGGGAUAUCAGUGGAGAAAUAUAUUCAAGCGCGACGAAGUUUCGACCGGCCAUCGGGUUCUUUUAGCAUAUGGUAUGCAGUUUAUGAAUCAAGUCGGCGGCAUCAAUCUUGUAGUGUAUGAGGUGCUUGCGAAUCUCUGUCGAACCAUCACUAACAAGGAUCGUAGCUACUUCAUACCCACAGUUCUCAACAGUAACGUUGGCCUCAGCAAGAACCUCUCGCUAAUUAUCGGAGGCUGCGUUCAGAUAAUGUUCGUCAUCGGUAGCUUCUUCCCUACCUUCUUCGUGGACCGUGUCGGUCGAAGGGCCCCGAUGAUGUGGGGAUCGUUUGGCUUGGGGCUCUGCAUGAUGAUGGUAUCCAUUCUCCUGAGCUUCAAGGGAAAGGCAAACGAGCAUGCGACCUCCUCAGCCUCCGUUGCGUUUUUCUUCCUCUACAUGCUUAUCUUCGGCGCAUCUGUCAACUGCAUCCCUUGGGUCUAUGUGCCUGAGAUCCUGCCUCUGCAUGCCAGAGCGAAAGGAACCGCCGUGGGUAUUUCUUCGAACUGGAUCUGGAAUUUCUUCGUCGUCAUGAUCACACCUAUCAUCAUCAACCGGCUGCAGUGGAAGGCUUACUUGAUAUUUAUGUGCACUAACUUUGCUUUCGUGCCAUUGGUAUAUUUCUGCUAUCCUGAAACAGCCAAUUUGACACUGGAAGAGAUCGAUUAUCUCUUCACCAAUCCAGAGAAAACGGCUGUAAACAUUUCGAAAGAACUUCACAAGGAGCGAAAGAAGCAGGGGCAUACAAGAUUGGCUCACAUCGAUGCAAGGGGCCGCAGUAGCCCAGUGAUUGAUGAUACUCAGGAGAAGGCGGCUGGGAUCCGAACUACUGGUGAACAUGUGGAAGAUGUUUAG